AUGAAUCCCUCCACCUCUACCUCAUCUUUAUCCUCGCUCGGAGCAUCAUCUGGCACUAAUACCCCCGAUAUGGGGAAAUGUCAGAUAUGCUUCCAGGCUGCACACGGAAAACACUUUGGUGUAGACAGCUGUCGCGCGUGUGCCGCGUUUUUCAGACGUGUUUUUGUGACGCAUAAACAGCAUUUCAAGUGUAGAGAUGGGAAUAAGAAGUGUCUGCCGGAUAGUUAUGGGAGAUGGAACUGCAAACGCUGUAGAACCGAUAGAUGUUUUGCACUGGGGAUGAAACCUGACAAUAUCCAGUACAACCGAGAUCACUUUUUCUGUUCUGAGGACUUCUUGACCAGAAAAUGCAAUCGAAUCUCUAGAUCUCCACCAUUACCAGAGCAUACGUCGUUCAUAGAUAUCUCACCUUUACUCGAGACUUUACAAAAAAUGUUAUCAGAUAGAUCUCUCAAAGAUUACGAUAGAAAAUGUUUGAAUCCUCUCCAAAAACUAGCCUAUGGCCUACGAGAAGUCAGGAAAACACAAAUCUGGGAUGAUCUACCAAUUACCGAAUGUAUAGGGAAGAAUGAGUCCUUCAUUUUCUGGAAAUCAGAGGUGGAAAGGGCUUGUACAUGGCUGUCAUACUUCGAUGAGUUUCAGAAGUUGAGUAUAGAAGAUAAAACCCAUAUCAGCAAAUGUAUGUGGAUUAUAUUCACUCGAUUGGAGAGAAGUGCGAUGACCGCUGAGUUAAGAAGAGCGAACAAGUGUGGGAGUAGUGACUACGCAUUCACCACCUACUCAGUUAUCAACACCAAAACCUUAAAAUGGGAUUUCAACUGGCUCACACACUUCCCUUCCGAUCAAAUGCAAAAUUUUCUUGGAACAACUCAAAUGAUUCUCUGUGAACCAUUAACAAAUUGUAUGGCAGAAGUACAACCUACUGAAGAGGAACUAUGUUAUAUUCUUUGUGAUCUAUGUUUUUAUUUCCUUGGCAGCAAGUUGGGCGGUGCGAUGCAGGAGACAAUGGAACGGUUUCAAGGGAUAUUGGCGGAUAAUUUGCAUCAAUAUUAUGUGGAACACGAUAAGACAUCGAGAUAUUCGCAUAGGCUUGGACAGAUAUUGAAAAUUAGUCAGCAGUAUAAGAGCAUAAUGGAGGAAAAGCGAAAGAUCCGAAUCCUCGGCGAGAUUUUCAACGCAUUCCGUGUACAAUGGUCUCACAACGAUUUGUUUAUUUAUGAGCGUUUCGAUUAA